AUGCAAAUGUCACUACCUCUCGUCCUACUCGCGGGCUUGAGCCUAGCCGAGGCCGCGAUCACGCUGACCAGCAACGGCUGCGUCGAUACCCUGGGAUUCGAGCAGUGCGCCAAGGCCGCCAGUGACAUGGCCUCGGCGUGCAUCAGCAAGGCUGAUAGCGACCGUAGCCAGACCGAGACCAUCGCCUGCGGCUGCGCCCAGUACCAGGCCAACUACAACUGCUAUGUGACGCACUGCUGGAACCGAGUCUGGGAGUGCGAGUACCAGGAGUACCUCGUUGAAUAUCUCAAGCAGUGCCCCAUCGCAAAGACCCCCUUGCCUUAUUUCCCUAUCCCGGACAAUGUCCAGGAUAGCUGCUCAUGUAAUGUCGGCAAGAUUUACAAUGCCUUCAUCGAUGCCAUCGACAAGUCCAACACCUGCAUAUCCAAGGCCGGUGCCGGAAGCAACGCCUUCACCACCAUGGAGGCUUGCAAGUGCUGCAUGGUCAGCGAGACGCUCUCUACUGCAAUUCUUUUGCUUCCGCUCAGUAUCUACGGCACAUGUCCCACAACGAACCAAGAUCUUGUCGGUCUCACUAUUGUCGAAAACCAAGAGAAGCUGUACAAUAUGAACUUCAACGAGUGUGCAUCCCUGUUGUCGAAGUACAACUGCGUCAGCGAUCUCGGCUUUUCCUCCGUCCCAGGAGACAAGUACCUCGGACCGAACGAUAUUCCCGCCAAGGGCACCAACAGCUUGACCAACGGGGCCGGCACGGUGACCGCACCCGCCAGCGGAACUGUCUUUACGUACACCGACCUGGCCAACAAGUCAGUCUACACCGUGACAGCAGCUAGUGCUGGGAGUGGCGGUAGAUCGGGUUCGAAGACGACAGGCGGCUCAGACUCAGGUGCUGGCCCGACGGUUCAAUCAUCUGCGUCAGGCGGCCAAGCGUCCCAGACAACAUCGUCAAAGAACAGUGGUGUGUCUGUAAUGGCGCGGAAGGGGCUUGUUGCCUCUGGUCUGGUAGUCUCAUUGUUCAUGCUCGACAUUGCGUAG